AUGAAUAAUAACAAUAAGAAACCCUAAUCUUAGAAAGAUGUUAGAGCAAAAGUAAAUUCUGGGUUAAAUCGUAAAAAUGAUAUCCCAUAAAAAAGAAUUUAAUCUGCAAUAUAGUCGGUAUUUGUAUUAUAUUAAUUUAGGCUGAUAAAUUAGUUGAUUCAAAUGGAACAUUGUCAGAUCAAUUAAAUAACAUAGUGUAAGAUUAUCUAUUGAGAAAUAAUUGUUUCAAAACGUUGGAAUAAUUUAGAGUAGAAUCUUAAUUUGCAACAGAAUAAAGUAAUGAAACAGAAAAUAUUAUAUUGGGUUAUUUUGAUAGAGGUGAAAAAGAUAAAUUUAUGGAAUCAUGGAGUAGAUACAUUCCAAUUCAAUAAAGAUAAGAUCAUGAAUCUUGGAAGCUAGAAUUUUAUGUUUAAAUAUAUUUCCUUAUAUACCCAAUUCAUCCAGUUUUUAUGAAGAAAGGUGUGAUUGAUAAAAACUCUAUUAAUCAAUUUAAAUAAUAUCUCGAUAGUAAAGGAGGUGAUUUAUCAAAAACAAAUGAAGUUUUACCUUUUUAUGCUUUACCUUAUGUCAAAAAUCCAGAAACUCAUUAAAGCUUUUCACAUCUAUUUACUCAUGAAUGGAUUUCUGAAUUAAGAUUUAGAUUGAAAGAAUUUAUUCAAUCUAUUUAUGGUUAAGAUCAUAAUGGUAGUAUUUUAAAAAGAUUAUAUUUAUCAAAGGAAGGAUCAUCAAAUAUCUAAUAAUAAGAAUUUUAAAAAAAGAUUGCAGAUAAUAUAAGAUAAUUAUAAUAGGAAAAUAAUGAAUUAAAGAAAAAAAAUAUUUAAUAAGCUUAAGCAUUAUAAGAUAUUAAUUAAACAGCAUAAUAAAAUUUAUUUGAAGCCUAAAAAAAAUGGUUUUAAUUUACAGGUGAAAUGUUAAAAAUGGAGAAAGAGAUGAUCAAAUAUAUAGAAAAUAAUAAAAAGAAUCCAGAUUAAUUAUAAUAAUUUAAAAAGAAGAUUGGUUAAUGUGAUAAAUUUUUAAGUUAAAAUAUAGAUGAAUUAGUAAAUAAAUCAUAAGAUAUAUCUUUAUUUGAUAGAAUCACUUAACCUGAUCAUGAUCUAUCAGAUUUAACUAAUUAAUAAUGUAUUUUUUUAUUAUAUAAAAUAAUAGAAAUGAUGCCAAUUCAAUAAUCAAUUGAAGAAUAUAUUCCAUUAAAUUAUGAGAAGAUCAUUUAAUUAUUUACAAAAAAUAAUAAUCCAGUUCUUGUUGCAACAGUUCUAUAAGCUUUAAGAUGGAGAAUUACAAGAGCAAGAAGUGCAUUAGAAAGAAGAUCUGUAGUUGUUGCAUAUUAAACACAUGAUCUUAUUGGAACUCAUUAAAGAAAUAUUGCUUUGGCUUAAUAUUUAAUGAUGAAAUCUCCUUAAAUAAUUUAAUGUUAAACAUUAAAAUUAAUGAAUGCAUUAGCAUCAGAUUAUGAUGGUAGAACAUAUUUAACAGGUAAUUCAUAAUUAAUUAAACUUUUGAUUGAAUUGAUAAAAAAAGAUUCAACUGAUUCUAUCAAAAGAAAGAAUGCAAUUGGCACUUUAUAAAAAUUAUCUUUGAGAAGAUAAAGUUAAAUUUGGAUGCUUGAUAAUGACAUUAUUUAAGUUGCCUUAAAUAUUUUAAAAAGAGUAAUAAUUAAUUAUUAAAGUUUAGGAAAAAUUUAAUUUGAGUGAAUACACUUAUGAAUAUAUCACAGCUUUGAUUAUGAAUUUAUCAUUAAGUUCUAGAGGUAGAGAUGCUUUAUCAAUUUAUAAAGAAUUAGCAUUUGAAGUCUUAUUCGAAUUAAUUGAAUAUCCUAAUGAUUAAAUUAGAACAUUUACUAAUGGAACAUUCUAUUCUAUGUUUAGUAGAAGAGACCUAAGAGAAUAUGCUUAUUAAUUAAAUAUACCUUAAGAAUUACCUAAAUUAUUAUCAAUUAGUGAUGAAAGAUUCAAGAAAUAAAUCUAAUAUAUGAUUGAAUAGUUAGAAAAUGAUGAUGAUGAUUAUGAUCAAUCUUAAUUAGAAGAAGAUAAUGAUGUAGAUGAUUUAGAAGAUGAUGAAGAAUGUCCAGUUGAUGAUGAUGAUGAAGAUGAUCUAGAGAAUAAUGAUAUGAUUGUUGGUGAAGAAUUAUUAAAGAAUGAAUUUGCUUUAGAUAAUGAAUAAGCAGAAUAAUAAAGAUUAUUGAUGGAAUCUAUUAUGCAAAAAGAAUUAUAAUAAAGAAGUGCUUAUUAAGAAUAAUUAAGAGAGUCAUAGUUGGAAAAAAUGCCUGUUGGAUGUAAAUAUACAUAUAUAUAUUAUCAAUAGAAGGACCAUUUAUAGCUGAUAGUCUUAUUUUAAAUGUGAAUAACAAUAACAAAAUUACAAAUGGAAAUCCAAAACAUCCUCAAUAAUCAGCAUAAGCCUUUGCUCCUAGACCAAAGAUUCCUAGAACUCCUCCAGUUCAAUAGAAUUAUUAACAUUGA